GUAAAGGAACUAGAAAAAUCAAACAUUUUCCCAGGAAAUCUCUCUAUCCUCUCUUCUCUCAAAUUUGAUGGCUACCACGAUCUACCCUCGCCAGUUCCUGUUUCUACUGUCGAUCUUUUCGAUUCUCCAUAAAUCCAUCUCUUAUCCAGGUACUUCCAGCUCCAUCAUCAACCCUGCCAAAGUCAAACAAGUCUCUUGGAAGCCAAGGGCAUUUGUGUACGAAGGAUUUCUAACAGACUUAGAAUGCGAUCACUUGAUUUCUCUGGCCAAAUCGGAGUUGAAAAGAUCAGCAGUGGCUGAUAAUGAGAGUGGAAAGAGUAAACUUAGCGAAGUUCGAACCAGUUCUGGAAUGUUUAUCACUAAAGCAAAGGAUCCAAUUGUUGCUGGUAUAGAGGACAAGAUUGCAACAUGGACUUUUCUUCCAAGAGAGAAUGGUGAAGACAUACAAGUGUUGAGAUAUGAGCAUGGGCAGAAAUAUGAUCCCCACUACGAUUACUUUUCUGACAAGGUUAAUAUUGCCCGUGGUGGACACCGGGUGGCAACUGUACUCAUGUAUCUUACAGAUGUGGAAAAGGGUGGUGAAACAGUGUUCCCCUCAGCUGAGGAACUUCCCCGUCGUAAAGCUUCUGUUAGUCAUGAAGACCUUUCUGAAUGUGCAAGGAAAGGAAUUGCAGUGAAACCACGUAGAGGGGAUGCGCUUCUUUUCUUCAGUCUCUAUCCAACUGCUGUUCCAGACAUAAGCAGCCUCCACGCAGGGUGCCCUGUGAUUGAAGGUGAGAAAUGGUCCGCCACAAAGUGGAUUCAUGUAGACUCAUUUGACAAGAACUUGGAAGCUGGUGGGAAUUGCACCGAUCAGAAUGAAAGUUGUGGGAGGUGGGCCGCCCUUGGAGAAUGCACGAAAAACGUUGAGUACAUGGUUGGAUCUUCAGGUCUUCCUGGAUAUUGUAGGAGGAGUUGUAAGGUAUGUUAAGCAGAUCACUGUAUGCCCUCCACGCUCCAUGUAUGUUACUUGUGGCUGUGGGUUGUCGAUCGUUUGGUGAGCUGUACUUGAUUUUUCUUUUCAAUUACAAUCUUCCACUAGACAUUGUUGAAAAAUGAUCCAUUUUGUAUUUUACAAGUUGUAAUCAUGUCCUGACGGAUUUAAACGUGAUUUUCCUUUCAUUGUA